AUGGAGGUUGUUGAGCCUCACAGCGUUGUGAACCAGGAUGGGAGCCCUUGCCCAGAUUGGGGCCAUCUACCAUUCGACGUCCUGGGGGCCAUCGACAACGCCCUCAACGGCAGGCUCUCCGCGACUUCCUCCGUAAUAGAAGCUGCCCGCCUCGUGAAUCGGCACUGGGGCCGCUGGGGCACUGAGUACGCCUCGGUGCUCAGAAUCUCGAGAGAAUCCACAGCCUGGGAACGGGCGCCACCCGGGGCAACCUCCCCCACCUGGGAAUUCAUGCUGGACGCGAUUGCCAGAAAGUUCGUUGGAGUUCGGAGUUUGACCUGCGUGGACAUUUCAGACGAGGGGAUGGCACAUGUGGGGAAGCUUACUCAGCUGACGCGGUUGGAUUUGGACCGGUCUUAUGACGUCACAAAUGCGGGCGUUGAGCAUGUGGGAAAGCUGUCGCGACUCACACACCUGGACCUGUCCCUGUGCCACGGGUUGACAGACGAGGGGUUGGGGCACGUGGCGAGGCUGACCAGUCUCGAGUGGCUGGCAUUGGGGUGCUGCUUGUCGAUCACAGACCGGGGGGUGAGGCUGCUGGGGGACCUUAAGCACCUCAGGUACUUGGAUGUUCAUGGAUGUUGCGGUGUCACACAGGCAUGUUUGAAUGAGCUGACAGAAGGAAGGGUUGCUGCGGAACCAGAUCAGAGUUAG